AUGGGAGAGUUGCGCAAUAGUAACCAGGGGUCUUCAAGAACUUACCCAAGAGACCUUUGCGGAAAACGAAAGCCAAACUUCACUACGGCCGAAUUAAAUUUAUGAGUGGAAAACGUUGAAAACAACAAAGAAAUAUUGCAAAGUAAACUUACAAAUGUAAUCACCAACAAAAAGAAAUCGGAGACAUGGGAGUUGAUUGUAAGCAAGGUAAGUUCAGUUGGGGUAGCGGAGCGGACAGUGACCGACAUCAGAYAAAUGAAAGUCAAUAUUUAGCGGUGCAAAGAAGCAAACAGCGAGAGCAAAAAAGCAAGACGAGCGACCGGUGGUGGUCCACCAACUGCGGACCCAUCUCCACUGAAUGCCAAAAUUAUGGAAGUGUACCAUGACACACCAGGGUUUUCUGGUCUUGCAGAAAGUUUCGAGUCAGGGCUACCAUCAGAUGCCACAGUACUUCCAUCUAUUGAAAUUGCUAAUAUCCCAUCAGAGGAAGAAUGUUCUGGUGUGGAAUCGAAAAAGAAGAUAACCCAGGAUGACGUACUUCCAGCCCAAUAUGAAAACCUAUUAAUUCAAAAAGAGAUCUUUAUCCUAAAGAAAAUAAAUUUAGAAUUGGAGCUUCAACACUUAGGAUAUGACAACCAGGAAGUCACUUUAGAUUGA